AUAAAAAAACGGAGACUUCUCUCUAAAUACAUAAUUUAUUUAGGUUAUGUGCCGUAUUUACUUGGUCCGUACACAAACCACGUGCUUAUAUUUAUAAAUAAUAUUUUGAUUAUUUAUUAAAAAUAAUAAUUGAGAGCAAUUUAAACGAUGGCUCGAAUUGGAAAUGUGUCGGCAGAUCAAUUGAUGGCGGGAUCAAGCGUUUUGUCAAGACCAGCUGAAGAAUUUGAAAACGAUGCCACCGUUGAGGCAAUGUGGGCAAUGAAAGCAUUCGAACAUGCUGAAAUUUAUUUCAAUAUCCUGUGCUCCGUGGACCCAAAGCUCCUGAAGUUGACGCCGCACGACGACCUGAUCUAUAAGUCCUUCCGCGAAGUUUUCCCCAACCUGUCGAUCGCAAAACUAAGCGAGGAUGAAAUGAAGUCGCCUGAAGGAAAAAACAAAUGGCGACCGUUCUGCGAGCAGUUCAAAGACAUAAUCGAGGACUACAGCAUGGGGACCCUCCUCCGAGCUGACUGCACCGACGAGUACAGAGAACAAAACAGUAUCCUUGUAACGCGGAUCCAGUUCUACGCCAUCGAGCUCGCGCGCAACCGCGAGGGCCUUAACGACUUGAUCCGCCAAAAGUUCAAGCCUAAAAAGCUCACCAAGAACUCAUAACAAAUCGAAUAAUUAACUCUUCAUCAAGAUUUAUUUUUACAAUACCAUAAAAAAUAAUUGACUUUUACAAAUUAAAA